CCAUUUUGGGGACGGUGUCAGUUUCCACAGAGCACACACACUGCUGCGUUUCACUGGGGGCAAAGCGGAUAUUUUGGAGGCAAACUUCUCGGCGCCGGAGUGGGGAAGCGUCCAGAGCCGACGCCGGAGCACGGUGGCGUGUUGCAGCCGCGCGCGGGGAGCCUCACGGAGCGCGCGGGCGGCGAGGAAAACGGGGAGUUUUUCAUUCGCAACAUCUGAAAUGCGCUCCGGUCCGCCGUGCGCUCUCCGCCACUGACAGCGUCUGCAGCCUACUUCAAGAUGGCGGCUCGGCUCCUAUUCAUUUUCUGCUGAUCGCCUCCCAACUUUCAUUGUCUAUUCCACCCGAGAGCCGCCGAUUCCCAGCCCAGCCUCCAGGUUUGUUGUUCCUCUCCUUCAAACAUGCAUCGAACCACCAGGAUAAAGAUCACCGAGCUCAACCCUCACCUCAUGUGCGUCCUGUGCGGAGGGUACUUCAUAGACGCGACCACCAUCAUCGAAUGCCUCCACUCCUUUUGCAAGAUGUGCAUCGUGCGCUACCUGGAAACCAGCAAAUAUUGCCCCAUCUGUGAUGUACAAGUGCACAAAACCAAGCCGCUCCUCAACAUCAGAUCCGAUAAAACUUUGCAGGACAUCGUGUACAAGUUGGUCCCUGGCUUAUUCAAAAAUGAAAUGAAGAGGAGGAGAGACUUUUAUGCGGAGCACCCUGUAGACGCCUCUAACGGAUCCAACGAGGACCGCGGAGAGGUGGCGGACGAGGACAAGAGAAUAAUCACAGACGACGAGAUCAUCAGCCUCUCCAUCGAAUUCUUUGAUCAAAACAGACUGGGAGGCAUUUUGGAAGACAAGCAGUCAAAAGAUCAGGUGGCGAACAAGAGGUACCUGCAGUGUCCAGCAGCCAUGACCGUCAUGCAUCUGAGGAAGUUUCUGCGCAGUAAAAUGGACAUACCCAACACCUACCAGGUUGAAGUCAUGUAUGAAGAUGAACCUUUAAAAGAUUACUACACAUUAAUGGAUAUAGCUUAUAUCUACACCUGGAGAAGGAACGGCCCGCUGCCCCUCAAGUACCGGGUCCGACCCAACUGCAAGAAGAUGAAGGUGAGCCACGCGCAGCAGGACGGCCCGAACAGCGCGGGCCGGUCCGGACCGGAGAGCGACUCCAACAGCGACAAGGCCGGGAGUCCCGCCGGGGCUCCGUCCACCUCCUCGUCCCUGCCGAGCCCCGGCACGCCCGCGCAGUCCCCGCACCCGCAGCUCCCGCACCCGCACCCGCCCAACGCCUUCAACGGGACUCCCGCAGCAGCGACCCCGACCUCGACCCCGAUCCAGACCCAAACCCAGACCCCGACCCCGGCCCAGAGCCAGACCCCGAACCGACCCUUCACCCAGUUCGGCGGCGGCGGCGGCGGCGGCGGCGGCGGCUCGGUCAGCGGGAAGCCGCGGAAGGUUUCCCUCAACGGAUCGUCCACCUCCUCCGGAUGACCGGGGGAGCACCGGACCGGAUCCCCGGACCACCGGAUCACCGGAUCACUGGAUCACCGGAUCGGACCAGCCAACGCCAGAACCCGCUCAGCUGAUCCUGUAUUCAUGCCAACGUAGUUCCAUGGUGUAGACCACGUCCUCUCUCUCUCCAUCUGUUCUCGGCAUCAUUUGUAAGUUUAGUGGAACCAGAGACAUUUCAAACCAAGGAACGAGGGGAUUUUCACUUUGUAACCAGGACGUUUCUCCUUUUCUUUUCCGAAGCUGCAUCUUUAUUUUCCAGAAGUGACUGAAGGUUUACAGUAUAUUUUGUUAUCUCAGAUGAAACGUGUCCUUCAUGUGUGUUGGGAUAUAUAUAUUUUUUAAUUUCAAACAUGCAUGCUCAUAACACUUUUUUUGUUUCGUUUCUGAAAGAGUGUUUGGCUUGUUUUGCCCUUGAAAUUUGGAGUGGUGUUUGGAAAUCCUCCAAGCAUUUAAACAAAAGAAGAAAAGCUUUGUAUAGAUCUGUUGAGGAGAAUAAAACUUUAUCUGCCUUUUACUGGAAAAAAAAAAAUCAAAGUUCCUUGUAGCUGCAGGAGAGAUGGAGUUCAUCCUCCACAGUUUUAGAGAAUCUGCGUGUAAAUAGAAACAAAAAAAAAGUGCAUAUUUAAUCAGCGAUGAUGUUAUUCUCCGUUUGGGAAGGACUGAGGGGCUCGUUCAGCUUCAUUUCAUGUUCGAUGACAUGUUUUUUGAUGUCUCUGUUUUCCGUAUUUGUAUCGCUCGAUUGUAUGGACAACUUAUUGUAUUGUUACUGUUGCACAGUAUAAAACAUCUAAAUAAAACAUUUUACACUUAA